AUGCGGCUCCAACCGUUAACCGUUGGCGUUUCUGCUGCCGCGAACUUGCAUUCGGUCGCGGCCGACCCGUUGGUAUUCCUGAACGGCCAGGUCACGGCCAUCCCAUCGUGGGACCUCCAGUCAUCAGCAGAGAUCGGUACAGAUCUUGCGGCUCUGUCGAAAACAGGGGUCGACACCUCAUCAUGGCGCCACAUCACCACAUCGAAGUGCACUCUGAUGGGCUGCCUGAUCAACGCCGGGGUUUACAAUGAGGAUGAUCUGUUCUACUCAGAAAACAUGAAGAGGGUGGAUGACAGGCAGUUCUCAGUCCCAUGGACGUACCGACAGGAAUAUUCGCUCGAACCUGGCCCUGGGAAGCACUUCUUCCUCAAGACGCAUGGAAUAACAUCACGAGCCGACAUCUUCUUGAACGGAAAGCAAGUCGCGUCAAAAGAUCAGCAAGCCGGUUCGUUUGCUGGCAAGAACUAUGACAUCACCAAGCUAGUCGCCAAACAGAAUGCUCUUGCUAUUCAGGUGCACCCUACAAGCUACUACCACGAUUUUGCUCUUGGGUGGGUGGAUUGGAACCCAUGGCCGGCCGACAACGGGACCGGCGUGUGGAGGGACGUUGAAGUCAAGCAAACGGGACCUGUAGCGCUGGAGAGCUUGCGGAUCAUCACAAAAGUUGGACCGACGGUUGAGAGACUAAAGGACCCAGCAACUGUCACGCUCAAGUCUCGUGCUGAGAAUUUGGAGGACAAACCCAUGGUUGUGACAGCUCAUGGUUCCGUCUUUGCACCGUUUGGACGGAAGGCAGCCCCGAUAACAUGGAGCAAACAGCUCACCCUUCCACCACGAUCCAUCACCGACAUCGUCCUCGAAACCACCGUGACCGACCCAGCCAUAUGGUGGCCAAAACAAUGGGGCGAUCAACCCCUCUACAGCGGAGCCCUCGCCAUCACCGUCAACAACACCCUCUCCGACUCCAUCACCCAACAAUUCGGCUUCCGCAGCGUCACCUCCAAGCUCAACUCCCACCAAGACGUCACCUACAUCGUCAACCACGUCCCCUUCCAAGUCAUUGGCGCAGGCUACACCCCCAACAUCUUCCUCCAAUUCGACCCCUCCAGAUGGGAAGCCGAACUCCAGUACGUCCUCGACCUCGGCCUCAACACCGUCCGCCUCGAAGGCAAAAACGAGCACCCCAUCCUCUACGAAAUCGCCAACCGCCUCGGGGUGUUCCUCAUGCCAGGCUGGGAAUGCUGCGACAAGUGGGAGUCCUGGUCCUACAACCACGACCUCUUCCUCAACCCACCAUUAGUCUGGUCAAACGCCGAUUACACCAUCGCCAACAACUCGAUGCUCCACGAAGCAGCCAUGCUCCAAACCCACCCCUCCGUCCUGACCUACCUCAUCGGAUCAGACUAUUGGCCUGACGAACGCGCCACACCCAUCUACCUCAACGCUUUGAAACACUAUGACUGGCAGACUCCCAUCAUCGGGUCGGCUUCCAAAAGGGGGUACUCCCCCCUCACCGGCCCUUCGGGCAUGAAAAUGGAAGGACCCUACGACUGGGUCCCCCCAAACUACUGGUACGAGACCUCCCCUCCCCGCGCAGGCUCAGCUUUCGGUUUCGGGUCAGAACUCGGCGCCGGAGUGGGAACCCCCACCGUAUCCUCCCUAACGAAAUUCCUCUCCCCUUCUGACCUUGACGACCUCUGGAAAAACCCGACAAAACCAUUAUAUCACAUGUCCCGCGAAGGAUCAGAGUUCACCACCCGGCAAAUCUACCACUCUGCACUUUCCGCCCGGUGGGCUAGUCCGACAUCAUUGGAGGAUUAUCUCAUGAAAUCGCAAAUAAUGGACUACGAGGCUACAAGAGCGCAGUUUGAGGCUUUUGCGGUGAAAUGGAGUGAUAGGAACAGACCGGCAACGGGAUUGAUAUAUUGGAUGCUGAAUAAUGCGUGGCCGUCGCUGCAUUGGAAUGUUUGGGACUAUUACAUGAAGCCGGGGGGGAGUUAUUAUGGUGCGAAAGCUGGGGCUAGGAGGGAGCAUGUUGUUUAUGAUUAUAUCACGAAGGAGGUUUGGAUGGUUGAUAGGACGGCUGAUGAUUUUUAUCGGGAGAGGGAGGUGGAGAUAGAGGUUGUGGGGUUGGAUGGCGGGGUGAAGUUUGGGAGUUUGGUGAAGGUGGAGAGUUUGCCUAAUGGGAGUGGGAGGGUGGCGGGGUUGGGCGGGAGGGGGCGUUGGGGACAACAUACACCACCACCGCAGGACUCUCUGCCACCAGCGCCAGCCAUACAACAUUUUCUCCCAACCCCACAAAUCAACACCCACCCCCGACCCUUCAACCAACAUCCUCAUGCCCUUUUACCCUCGAUCCCAUUUUUGCAACCUUCACGCCUGGUACAUUCCAAACGGAAUGUGUACUGGUUGAGUAAGGAGCUGGAUCGGUUGGAUUGGGGGGAGACGACUUGGUUUGUGACGCCGGUGGGGAGGUAUGCGGAUUAUAAGGAGUUUAAUACACUCAAGGAGGCGGAGGUGACAGUUGGGGUGGAGAGGAGGGGUGAGAAAGAGGUUGUGGUUAAUUUGGAGAAUCGGGCUAGUGUGCCGGCGUUUUUUGUUGGUUUGGAGUUGUUGGAUGGGGGUGGGAAUGAUGUUUUGCCGUUGACUUGGGAGGAUAAUUUUGUCACUUUGUGGCCGGGGGAGAAGAUAAGUUUGGUUGCGAAGUCGGUUGGUUCACGAGGGUGGCAGCCGGCGAGUGUUCGUGUGGGAGGCAAGAAUGUCAAGGAGAUGCUUGUCAGUGUAUCUUAG